CCCAACUUGGGUUCAAGUGGAUCAUAUGGUUGACGGAAACUCUGGGACUGCGCCUACCUGAUGAGCCCGAAGUGGAAGGGCGAAACCGGUCGUGGGCUGUCGAAGAGUUUUCAGCAACCUUUAGUGGUGCACAGAACACCGAACGCUCCAAGGCGAUUCGACCGGAAGAGGAAGGAAUAAAUGGCCUAGAGACAGCAAAACAAACUGAACGACGUAAGAAAGCCGGUGUUCCAGCGUUCCAACCCCAGACCGAUCACUGUUAUCAGUCUGUUUACUGCAAAGAGUUUGUGGAUCCACUGCACCGUUUCCAAGAGAAAAACACCAAGGCAGUGGUGAAGAACAAACCUAAAGACUGUCAUUCAUGGAUGGACCCAAUCCCUCUUUCUCAGGUUCUGAUGCGUGAAGCAUGGGACUGGAAACCCAGACCUGCUGUUCCUCUACCGGAAGAUCCCGCCAAGUCACAAACUAUGAAAUCAACAUCAACGUAUACAGAAAACUUCGUGGAUUUCUCCAAAACACACAUCCGAACGCAGCCGAUAAAGGCUGAACGUUCGGAAAUCGCCGAUGCACAGUUGUUGACCAGUUUCAACGGUGUUCGAUCCAGCCUGCCGAAAUCUCUUUAUCAGGAGUCGUUUGUCGGGCAACAAGGCGUCGAUCGAUGGACGGAUCGCGAAGUCCGCCAUGAUCCGUCCCCUGUCGUUCGAGCACUUGGGCCAAGCCAUGAAGAUGACUCAAUCUACUGGAGGGGUGUGGGAACACAACCUUACUGGGCACGUGACGAUAUGUUUUUUGCCACCGUGAAUAAUUCUUUGGAGAAGCCAAAAGGCGACAUUCAGCAAU